AUGUGCCCCCCCUCCCCCCCAGAGCCCCACUUCAUCUCGGCGUACGACCUGGGCGUGUUCACCUUGUUCUUCCUGCGUGAGACGGCGGUGGAGCAGGACUGUGGUGAGACGGUGUACUCUCGAGUGGCGCGGGUGUGCAAGAACGACGUGGGCGGGCGCUUCCUGCUGGAGGACACCUGGACCACCUUCAUGAAGGCCCGCCUCAACUGCUCCCGCUCAGGAGAGAUGCCCUUCUACUACAACCAGCUGCAGGCCACCUUCUACCUGCCCGAGCAGGACCUCAUCUACGCCAUCUUCACCACCAACCUGAACAGCAUGGCCGCGUCGGCCGUGUGCGCCUUCAACCUGAGCGCCAUCGCGCGGGCCUUCAACGGACCUUUCCGCUGGCAGGAGAACCCUCGCUCCACCUGGCUGCCCACCCCCAACCCCAUCGCCGACUUCCAGUGCGGCACGGUCAGGGAGGAAGGUCCCAACCAGGGUCUGACGGAGCGCAGCCUGCAGGACGCCCAGCGCCUCUACCUGAUGAACGAGGUGGUCCAGCCCCAGUCCCUGGACCCCCUGGUCAUGCAGGACCAGGUGCGCUUCUCUCACCUGGUGGUGGACAUCGUGCAGGGCAUGGACACGCUCUACCACGUCAUGUACAUCGCCACCGAACACGGCAGCAUCCUGAAGGCCUUGGCCACGCCCAACAAGAGCCUCCAAGGGUGUUACCUGGAGGAGAUGGAGCUCCGCCCACUCGCCAUGCGUCAGCCAAUCCUGAGCCUGCAGAUCCUCCACAGCGACCGCUCGCUCUUUGUUGGUCGAAAUGAUGGCGUCUUCAAGGUCCUUCUGGAAAGAUGUUCCACCUACCUCAGUGACACGCGGUGUCUAGAGGCCAGGGACCCGUACUGCGGCUGGGACGUGAGUCAGCGUCGCUGCACCACGCUGGAAGAAAGCAGCAACAUGAGCCAGUGGAAGCAGAACAUCACGACGUGCCCGACGCAGAACCAGACCACUCACGGCGCCUUCGGGGACUGGACGCCGUGGCAGACGUGCGACCACGACCACGGCGCCGACGGCGUCAGCGCCUGCUUUUGCCGCUCCAGAUCAUGUGACAGCCCCGCCCCCCGCUGCGGGGGCAGGAAGUGCGCGGGCGCCACCAUCCAAGUCGCCAACUGCUCCAGAAACGGGGGCUGGACCCCGUGGUCGUCAUGGGGACAGUGCAGCACCACCUGCGGCACGGGCUUUGAGCUGCGCCAGCGCUCCUGCAACAAUCCCUCGCCGCGGCACGGCGGGCGCGUGUGCGUGGGUGCCGGCCGUGACGAGAGGUUUUGCAACGAAGGACUCUCCUGUCCUCUGCCGGUCCUCUGGUCCCCCUGGGGCUCCUGGACCAAGUGCAGCAGCGAGUGCGGGGGAGGGGUCCACUCGCGGGUCCGCGCCUGUCAGAACGGAAACAGCUGCCCAGGAUGCGCCCUGGAGUACAAGGCGUGCAACCUGGAGGCGUGUCCUGAAGUGAAGAGGAACACGCCCUGGACGCCCUGGAUGCCGGUCAACGUCAGCCAGGGCGGCGCCCGCCAGGAGCAGCGGUCACGCUACAUGUGCCGCGCGCGCCUGCCCGACCCACACCAGCUGCAGAUGGGACGCAGGAAGGUGGAGACGCGGUACUGCCCCAACGACGCCACCACCACCUGCCAGACGGACGGCCUGGUGGAGGAGCUCCUGAGGACCCCCGUGGUGAGAGUGGCGGGCCACGGCUGGUCGUCCUGGGAGACCUGGUCCAGCUGCUCUCAGAGCUGCUCCAAGGGUUACCGCACCCGGCGCCGGUCCUGCUCCGGACCCGAGGGCAAGAGCGCCCCCGCCGCCUGCCGGGGGUCCCCUGUGGAGUACCAGGACUGCAACGUCCAGUCCUGUCCAGUCAAAGGGGCGUGGUCUUGCUGGUCGUCAUGGUCACAGUGUUCACUGGGUUGUGGGGGCGGUCACUACCAGCGCACUCGCUCCUGCAACAACCCCCCGCCCUCCACUGGAGGAGAUAUUUGCCUGGGACUACACACGGAGGAGGCCUUGUGCAACACACACACCUGUGACGGCGGCUGGAUGGCGUGGUCUCUGUGGUCGGCCUGCGACGACUCGGGAGUUGAGAUGAGGAGUCGAGUGUGCGGCGUCCAGGGUGGCGCCCCCUGCCUGGGGAACACCACUCAGCGCAGGAACUGUAACGACAUAGCAGUCAUCCUGCCUGCGUCAGGCUUUGAUAAGGACCAACAUUGCGGAGCCUUCACCUCCAUCCACCUGAUCGCCACGGGCGUGUCCUGCUUCCUGGGGGCGGGGCUUCUGUCCUUCCUGGUCUACGUGUACCACCAGCGCUUCCACAAGCCGUCGCAGGAGUCGUCGGUCAUCCACCCGACCACACCCAACCACCUCAACUACAAAGGCAACAGCACACCCAAGAACGAGAAGUACACGCCCAUGGAGUUCAAGACGCUGAACAAGAACAAUCUUUUACCAGACGAGCGCUCCAACUUGUUCCCGCCAUCUUUGCCACCCAGCAACGUGUACGCCACCACCUACUACCCCCCCGCCCUGGGCAAGUUCGACUACCAGCCCAACUCGCCGCCCUCACCGUGUCGGACGUACAACCACACUAACAACAGCUGAGGGCCCCGCCCCCCUAAGCCCCGCCCCCCUCAGCUCGGUUGACGUUUGCUGGAACUUUGCUGGAACUUUCCGCCAGGAGAGAAACUUUGUCAAGGAGACCAGAGAGGGGGCGUGGCUCUCUACUGUAAAUACCCAAUGGGACGGAGCAGUGGGCGGGGCCUAUCCAUGCACUCUUUCUUCCUGUCCAGGUGUGCACUUAAUAGCACGACUGUGGUCAUAUCAAAUAUGGCCGCCGUGCUGCGUUCAAGGGUAGCUCAGACUUUCUGCUUUUUCUUACGUAACAUCACGCUGUCUUUCACACGUGCACAUGUGUGUGUGCGCGUGCACGUGUGUGUGUGUGUGCGUGCGUGUGUGUGCACGUGUGUGUGUGUGUGUGUGUGUG